CAGUGUGGCACAUCUGCCAGAAGAUGGCAGCCUCGGUCUCUACCUUAAAUAAAUAAAUAAAUAAACAAGUGAGCAUGUCGUGUAGCAAUAUAUGUUUUGCAGUGAGAGGGGAAGCAGUACAAUCCCCGGACUGAAGCGUAAACAAGAGGCAUGAGAGAAGCAGAGAGACGGACAGAUGACAGAGUGAUCUUCCAGCGGACCCUGCUGUAGGCCGCCCCGGGGAGAGAGGAGGGAAACACCGCGAGCUGAUCCAGGGCGUGAUGUUCAGGAUGUUCAGCUCUUACUGGGACAAGGAAAUGGAGCUACAUUGAAUUCUGCAUGCAAGAGAAGAGGAGAAAAGGCAGAAUAAGCCACACAGGAUUGGGUGACUACGAGAAAGCCUACGAGAGUGAGCGCCUAAAGAAGGAGAGAGACUCAGUAAAGGACCACUGGAGGGUCUCUGAGAAGCAUUUUGGGAACCUGGCGGAGAAAAUUGCAGCUUUGACAGAGGUGAUGGGUAAUAAAAACACCAGCCCACCCAAAGGUCCUGAAGAAGGGGUUACACAAAAAGAUGGACUGUUCACUGAUAAUAAUACAGGAAGUAUCCCCACAGAUGGAGCAGACAGCCCCAGCCCAGAACUGCUGGCCUCCCUGCAGUUCCUUGGAGAAAACAGUGACUACACUCUGCUACCACACUCCCUGCACCAGAUUGCAGAGGCUUACUCAGUGAAAGAGGACUACCAGUGGGCUAUCCAGUUCCUACAGCUGGAGAAGCUUUAUCACGAGCGUCUGCUCUCCAACCUCACCGCCCUGCAGGAGAACUGGGAAAGCCAGCUGAGGGAGAAGAAAGCUGCUGAGAGCUGUUUGUCUGUGGAGACAGACGCUAUCAGUGAGAAACACAUCGAGACGCUGAACCACAUCUGCAGAACACACCUCAGACCAUCCAUCAGUGUUGGCCAAACCAAACUGAAUGCAACGCUGACCGAGAAUGAGGCCGUCAAGUCUGAACCAACACACAACAAUGAAGAGAAAGAACAAGAGACAGGCCAGGAAGAGGUGGAUGGAAAGGAAGAGGCAUAUGAAGAAGGACAAGUGGAAGAAGAGGAGCAGUGUGAAGAGACACCAGAGGAGGAGGAGGUGAAGGUGGAGUGGCCAAUAGGAGUACCCCAAGCCUCAGACAAGGACCUGGCCAAACUGUCCCAUACAGAAGGGAACUCCUCCCCAGAUGGUCUUGUCUCCAUCCUGAAAAGGAGGCGAGCAUCGCUGGAUGGGCUUCCUCCUCCAAGCAACGAUACUGUUAAACAGAGCUCCAAACGCAAAGUUCGCUUCACUGAGCCGGAGGACGGCAUAGAACAAGAUGAGGUUGGUGGAGAUUCCUGCCUUAUUCUGCUGCUGCUGUGUCUGGUCACUGUGGUGAUCAGCAUCGGUGGGACUGCACUCUACUGCACCCUGGUGGACACUUACUCCAACAUCUGCACCGACUUCACUCAAAACAUUGACUUCUAUGUUACAAACGUACAGAGGUUCUUCCAGGGGCUUGGACACCUGCUGCCCCUUGGGACUUAGACCCUCUUAUCCACACCUGUAGCCGACUUACAGUACCAGCUGUAACCUGCUGCUGUUCAGACAGUUUAAAGCUUUAUUUUUAUUCAGACCUGUAUCUGAUGGAUAAAGCUUGCAAGCUUCGUCUCUCUAGGACUCAGUCAAAUGGACUGAACAGAUGAUAAAACAGAUGCUCGGAGCAGCGUCCAACUCUACAACCAGUCAGAAAACACAUUUCUUCACCUCAGAAGAAAAUGUAUGCGCAUAUGUUGAGUGAUAAUGUAAAAAAUACUACUACUGUCUGUGUGGAUGGUAUAAAAACACUACAAGAGGGCUAAAAACUCAGCUAAAAUUUAUGCAACCAAAAAUCAGAAAAAAUUGGGAUGGGAUGGAAAAUGCAAAGAAAAAAUAGUAAAUUUUACACUUUAACUGCAUAUAACAAAAACCCAAAAAAUUAAAUGUUUGUCUCUUAAUUUAAUUUAGUUUGUAAAUAAACAUCCAUUUUUGCAUUUCAGGCCUGCAAAAAAUUCCAAAACAAGUUCAGGGCCUGCGAAGCUUUCCCCACUUUAUUGGCUGAGAAGAUAUUCUGACAUUCAGGACAGUAGCAAAGGAAUGUGUUGCAAGUUACAUAUAGGUCUCAGGAAGGGAAAGCAGAGUCCAUCCCAGGUAGCUCUUGGCCUUGGUGAAGAACUGCUGACCUGAAAUGGGAAUAAUGAA